AUGCACACAACCGGUCCUCCGUCCUCCACGACCAGCCCCGUACGCCAGGCCGCACGCCCCAGCAGCGGGACGUCGGCCCCAGACGCAGGGACUGACCACUUCGUCACGGAGGACCGGGUGUUGGCCGGCAGGCUUGCUGACCAACCUCGCCGGACCCCCGGGCCCCGCCUGGGAAUAAGUCCCAGCGGCCCCGGUGGUCCCCAGGCGAUCGGGCCCCGCCUCGGAAGCGUCCGAGCGGCCCCGAUCCCCGUCUAUCUUCCGGCCCUCUCCGCGGAUCCUGGGUGCCAGUUUACCGCAGAGGUUCGACCCCUCCCCCGUAAGAAACGGACCACGUCCGAGUCAACCGCGGGGAGGCCACGACUUCCGGCCCACCCUUCGGCUAGGACCACGUCCCAAUACCUCCGGGGUCCGGCUCUCCCCCGCCAGCAAAGCCCGUCCACGACGAGCCCGCCGACGGAGGAGCUCCCCUUGCCGCCGCCCCCUGCCGGAACACCGGCGUGCAUUGGGUGA